GUGGAUUGCCGUGCGAUUUGUCAGUCUAGACCUGUAUGUAAUUCAUUUCAUGUCAUUAUUCGAAUCGAGUGAUUAUUCGAACUUCGGCAUUAAAAAUCUUGUAAUUGUUGAUUCUUUUAACAUUCCUGCAGUGUAAAUAAAGACUUUUGCAGAAGGAAUUCUGAUUGGAUUUAAUACGUGUUUUUGAACUGUCAUGUGAAUUUACAUUAGUGCUGUGAACAUUCAUUCUGCAUUUUAAUAGAACGUUGAAUGUACAUAUAGGAUACCUGUUAGAAAUGAGUUGGGGAACAGAGCUUUGGGACCAAUAUGACAAUUUAGGACAGCACACUCUAAAGGGCAUAGAAUUUCUAGAAAAAUAUGGUUCAUUUUUAAAAGAGAGGAGUUCUAUAGAAAGUGAAUAUGCUGCUAAACUCAGGAAACUUGUUAAAAAUUAUCGCCCCAAAAAGAAAGAAGAAGAGGAAAAUCGAUUUUCAACAUCAUUAGGUUUUGUAAAGAUGCUCAACGAAGUCAAUGACAUAGCAGGACAACAUGAAGUAAUAUCAGAAACAUAUUCUGAUCAAAUAUGUAAAGAAAUUACUGACUUAGUCAAAGAGCUGAAAGAUGAAAGAAAAAAGCUCUUUCACGAUGGACAAAAAUACCAAAGUGAACUCCAAAAUUCCAAAUAUAUGCUUGACAAGUAUAAAAGAGCUUAUGAAAAGUCCUUCAAAGAGGCAGAGAAAGCAAAUGAUACAUUUGUGAAAAUAGAUGCUGAUAUCAAUCUUUCCAGAGCAGAUGUGGAAAAGGCACGGACUCAUGCUCAACAAAAGAGUAGAAGCUGUGAAGAUUGCAAAACAGAUUAUGCCAACCAAUUACAGAAAACUAAUGAAUUACAAAGGCUACAUUAUUCCGAUCUAAUGCCCAGUAUAUUUCAGCAACUGCAAGACAUGGAAGAGAGAAGGAUAGCAUGUGUACAAGGUGUGAUGAAAAGAACUGCAGUUAUUCAUAAACAAGUUAUACCACUUGUGGUAAAGUGCUUGGAUGGCAUAAUUACUGCUGCUGAAGCAAUCAAUCCAAGAGAGGAUUCAUGCUUAGUAAUAGAAAAAUACAAAUCUGGGUAUGAUCCUCCUGAAGAUAUACCUUUUGAAGACUUGAGCAACCCUAGAAAUGGAGAUGUUUGCAACACCAUUUCUUCGCACAGAAAUGACACUUUGACAGUUAGGGGGACUAUGACUGUCGGAAAGAACAAAAAAAGGGGACUUUUAAAUAUAUUUAGUAACACCAAGAAUACUGUUGAUGAAAUAAAGGAAGAUUGCAGCGACUUGCCUCCUAAUCAAAGGAAGAAAAAAUUACAACAGAAAAUAGAUGAAAUAAAAGCAAAAAUACAGCAAGAAACAGCUGCAAGGGAUGCUCUGAUGAAAAUGAAGGGUGUUUAUGAACAAAAUAAUGCAAUGGGGGAUCCAGCAGCUGUUGAAGGACAACUGGCAGAUAAUGGAAUAAAAUUAGAAAAACUGCAAAAUGAACUUGCAAAAUUUCAAGGUUAUAUGGCUGAAGCAGAAGGUCAAGGCAGUGCUCUCAGCUUGUCACGAGAUAACCGGAGCAGUAUUUCUGAAGAUUCUCUUUCUAGAAGUGCCUCAGAUUCUAGUGUGUGUAAUCCCAUGAACUAUAAAAUUUCUGCCCCUGGAACACCACAGCAAACACAUGGGUCUUCAAACAGUCCUGAAAGUGGAAUUGGAACUAGUCAGCCCAGCAUAACAGAUGAUGGAGAAAAUUUUCCUGAUCCAGAAUUUGAAAAUGAAUAUGAGUACAAUGAUGAAUUUGAUGCUGUUUUGGGGACUGGGAAAGCUCUUUAUCCAUUUACAGGUCAGAGUGAAGGAUCAAUUGGUGUAGUGGAAGGGGAAGAAUUCGAUAUUGUUGAAUUGGAUCAAGGUGAUGGUUGGACUCGAAUCAGGAAAAGAAAUUUUGAAGAAGGAUUUGUUCCCACUUCCUACAUUGAAACAUAUCUCUAUAAUAACUGCUGAUUAUCAGUUAGAAUGACAAAGAAGGAACGACUGCAGCAUAUUACCUAAGUUGGUUGAAUUCCUUAUGAUGAAUUAUGAUGUGCGUAAUUUAAUAUCCUUUGAAGAUGAUGUUGAUUGACUUGGAAAUUUCUUCCAUUGAGAUUAGUUUAUAUUUAAAAGUGCUUUCAAGUGCAGAAAAGCAAUUUAGUCAUGGAACAAUAACUUUUUGAUGCAUAGAAGCAAAGCAGAUCAGUGACAGCUUUAGUUUGAUGAAUAUAUUUGGAGGCCAUGUGUUUUUGAGUCUUUCAUUAACUUGUAAUUGCAUCCGAUGUCAGUGGUACAUUUUAGUUCCAACACAGAAGAAAAAAACUGUUAUUUGCCUUAUAUUCACUAUUAGUGUUGCAAAGGAUUUUUAAAAUCGCUCAAAUAUUUUUUUUGUUAAUAGUAUUAUUUACUUUUUCUUUAUUGAAUUGAAGAACACUGUGCACUAUAUUAGUGCUACAGAUUGUUUAUGUGUUACUAAUGUGAUAAAUUGAUUUUCUUUGAAUGAUUUCAGUAUUUCUAAUUCCGAUGUCCCAACUUAUAAUAACUUUUUUUCCUGUGUAUACUGUUGCUCAAAAAUGUAUUUUCAUUUCAUUUUGUUGAGUGAGGGUAAUAUUUACAUGUAUUUUGUAUCUAAUGUAUAUAUUUAAUAACUGGAUAUUUUCUUGAAGUUUGAAAAAUUCUAAGGUCACUCUUUUCUAUCACAGAGUAUUUUUAUUCGCUUCUUAUACUAGGUGAGGAGAUAUUUUUGUACACAGUUUUUUUCCCUGCCCUUUUCUGAUUGCAAAUAUUAAAAUUUUAGUGCCUUCGAAAAGUAUUGAUUACUUUUUGUACCUAACGAUUUUUAAAUAAAAUUAAAAUUUUUUAUAUCUCACUGUUUAUUUUAUAAAGGGAUAUAUUGUAUGCCAUAUACGUUUUGUUACAGAAUGUAUUAAGACUGUUUCCUAUAGUUCCUGGUUGUACAUUUUACCAGAAUUUUAGUGCUUUUCUACGUUUUGUAAUUAAAAUGUUUGAAAUUGUGCAUGCUUUUAUACAUGCUGUUUUAGCCAAAUUCUUUUAUAUGCUAAAUAAAGCUUUGAUGCACACUA